AUGGCUUCCGUGCCUUUCUGGGCUGAGACUCUGGGGGCGGAUGUCCUGGUUGGCAGCGAUUUCUCGAGCGGUGAUGCAGCGGCGCGAGCGGCCUGCCGUUUGGCCGGCGCUUGUGGCCACACGGUUCUUGGCGGCCGUGCGUUGGUGUGUGGCAACGCCACCGGCUCCUGCGAGGGGCUAGUUGAUGUGGGAGCGAGCAUAGGCAGGGGACUAGCACAGCCCCUGGCAGCGAAUCCAAGUCCAAGAGCCAUCAUCUUCACCGGCGAUCAGGACUCGACCUCCACCCCUUUUGGUGCCAUCUUGAGAGGCAUCGCGAGCGGAGCUGGCUGCGGUUCUGGUGCCCGGGCGACGGAAAUCGCCAGGGUGGCCAGGGAUGGCGCCAGCGCGGCUUUGAACUGUCGGGCGCUGCUCCAAACGCUGACGUGCAGAACAUUUCCAGCCGAUUCGGACAAACUGCCUCCUUCGGGAACCACACAGCUCUGGACGGUGACUGAGACGGUAGGCGGGCCUCCGCAGGUCUCGGUGCGGCUACCGGCGUUGCGGCGCUCGACGCCGGUGUCGAAUGCGCUGGUGGUGGCGCUCUACGCACCACUGCCAGAAGACACAUACGAGAGAAAGCGCCAGCGCGCGACGGCGGAGGGACGGAGAAAGCUGCUUGGCCGCAAGUGCAGCUGCGCGGGCAUGAGCAGCACCGAGGUUGAGGGCGUCCUUGCUCUCAUCAACGCAUCAGCGCGCAUCGCUAGCGUGCGUUGGUACGUCCUCCCCGGCCACUCCGCCACGCCCGCCGACGACGAGUCAAAACGUGCUAUCGCUGCUGCGGCGACGCUGCUGGGGGUUCGGGUGCCGCUUUUGCGCGAUGCGUUGGCUUCGGACCUGGGCGACGCUCGGGCUUUGGCUUCGGACCUGGGCGAUGGUCUCCUCUUGCUGAUGCUCCACUGGGUGGUUGGCCAUACCAACCGGUACCUUCGGAGCAUAUCCACCUCUCAAGUCUCACCAAAAGCUGCUGCGCCUGUGGAGCCGCCGGCUAGCGCAUCCCGCCAAGAGGCAGAGGCCGAAAAGCGGCGCACCCGGCGUGCCCUAUUCAAGGCGGCGCGCCGAUCGCAGUCAGAUGCCGCAGAGACAGCUUCCGUGACCAGCGAAUCGGGCGAUGCGAGAGGCGCAGACGGCUUGCUCCAUGCCCUCCUCGAGGAGGUCCACGCUAUCGAGGCCUGCGAAUCGUUCAACUCCUGCUCAUCCAGAAUUUCCUGCUCAGCCGAUGGGCACCAGUCCGUGUUGGCGGCCGCCGGCCUGGCGUGUGGCUCUCCGUUCUUGACGGUCCACUGCCUCAACGCAACUGCCACGGGCGAGAUGGAGCGAUUUGAGUCAAGAAGCGUCGAUGAGAUGCUUGCCUGGCGUGCAGAGUCACUGCUCUCGAGCCGGCCGUACGAGGCGUCUCUCGCAUGGUGGGUUGGCCGUUACGGUGGGGUGAUGCGUGGCGAGGAGUUCCCCUCCCCGCAGGCCGCCGUGGCGCACCAUCUCUUGCAGUCAGUGGAAGCUGGCGCUGAUCAAGGUGAGGGGAUGCGUUCAGUCAACGAUUCAGCCCUGGCGCUGUCUGUCGCUGAUCUGCGCGCCGCUGAGGCACGGCUGGAGCAGCUCAAAAGGGCUGCAGGUGUGGCUCUUCAGCGUGCGGCGUAUGAAGCCGCGCAGCAGGCACGUGCGGAGGCGGAGUCGCGGCUGGCGCAGAAAAGGGCGUCCGCUACCAUGGCUCCAGUGGUGCAGGCGCGGGUCCGUGGCAUCGCCGCACGCACGUGGCGCCGCCGUGAGACUGCGGCGGCCCUACUCCGGACCCGCCUCCGCGCGCUUCUGGCUCGCAUCCGCUUCGUUCGUCUGGGCAGAGCAGUCCGCCUCAUACAGGCGGCAAGCCGGUGCGCUGCUGCUCGCUGGGAGCUCGUACGAGCCGCCCGUCUCACCUAUGAGCGGCGCCGGGAAGUCAACGAGCGCCAGCUCGCUGCGCUCGAGUCGCAGCUGCGCUGCUGCACAUCCGAGGAGCAGGAGAGGGCGAUCCACAAGAAACUCACAAUGCGAGCCUACGAGCUGCGCCAGGUGCAAGUGCUGCUGCUCGGGGACACUGCUUCAAAGGUGCGCAAGGUGGGGGCGCCGCCACGGGCCGCUGCGGAGCCAGUGGCGGGUGCUGCCGCGGCGCUCGCUCUGGAAGAGACCCUCGCGGCGCUCGGGGACAAGCGCAAGGUGCGGGGCCUCGACGAGAGGACCCUCUCUCUUGCGCUCGAGGCGCUGAACCAGGCGCUGGCGGACCCAAGCUGCUCCGAGGCGGGCCGAUUUGCGCUGCGCAAGAAGCAGCUCGCUGUGGCUGCCGUCCUCAAGCCCGCCGUCCAAGAGAGGGAGGCGCGUGAGCGCGCCAAGGCUGGUAGGGCGUCGCGCCGCCGCUCAGCAGUCUGCCUGCAGUCCACUGCAACCUCUCCGGCAACUUCUCCAAGGCGUUUGCUGACGCCGCAGCGAGCGGUGGCGCUCGCGCCAGCGGUCAGCCAAGGAGAAGCUGGCGGCAAUGCUGCCGUCACGUCGCGCUACUAUUCGCCCAAGGUUGCCAGCCGCGCUCGCAACUACAUCGAGACGGGCGAGUGGAAGUUCACGUCAGAGCGGCGACGACUCGGUCCGAUGAGUUCCGAGCGUCAGGCAACUGCACCUCUGCUCCGGCCCGGCCUCUACAUCACGGAGUCUAUAGUUGCUCGCCCGCGGCCGGUGGCGAACUCGUGCGAGGAGACGCGGUUCCUAGCGCCACCUCACGUGAUCGUUGGCUCGCUGAGCGACCACUCCUCUCCGCGUCUCGGCGUGACGGCGCUGGUGGCCUCGCCCAGCCCCCAUCGGCGCGUUCGGCAAGCAGCCCUGAGCUCAGGGAAGAGCCCCUGGACGCGGUCGCCGCUGCCACCAGCUGCCCGCUCGCUGCCCGCUCGCACGCCCGUCUUCGUGGCAGCACUGGGCAAGUAG